CACUGAACAAGAGGGGAUAUUGAGCAAAUGUUUCAUGUUGCAGUACUUAACACAACACCCCAGUCGUGUAUGAAAUGUAAAGAUUUCAAGCCCUACCCCUUGUGGCUACGAACUGUGAAGUCAACUUCGGAAGGGAGAGCCCUCGAAAUCUAGUGGUAGGGCUAAGGGAGGAGAAAUGGGAUUGGGCCAUAGUGGAGGGAGCAGCUACCAGAAUCGCUGCUCUGUCUCUUUAAAAACAGCGGCCACUGUCCGGCCCACCGGCCAUCAGUGAGCGCCGAGGCGGAGCGGGGCGACACUACCCUAUGGACACUACGGGGUCCGAAAGCGGCGCUGGGACAACACACGGCGCUAAAAGACGUAACCGCAAGGACCAGCAGGAGGCGCCUCUCCUUUCACUCACCACUGUGUGGACAGACUGACUCAUGGAAGACAAGCGGAAGAAGAGGAGCCCCAAAGUGUCGCUGCCACAGCCGCCCCCACCCCCCGUCAACCCCCGCAAGCUCUCUGUGCUCCCGGCCAGUAAGAGCACGAGCUUCUCCCUCGGCCUGCCCCAGCCACCCUCCCCCAAGCCCCGGGGCAAGGUCAAGAGAUCGGUGGCAGCUUCUGGACAGUCUAAAGAAGGGCUCAGUGCGACUGUCCCCCCCCCAAAGACCACCAGGCAACACAAGGAGAGGCCCAGGGUGCCAUUCCCUGCUGGCCCCAGCAGGGCGGCGCAGUCGUCCCCCCUGCAGCACUCGUUCCUCACAGAUGUGUCUGAUGUGCGCGAGAUGGAGGGGGGGCUGCUCAACCUCCUCAACGACUUCCACUCCGGGAAGCUGCAGGCCUUUGGUAAAGUGUGCUCCUUUGAGCAGCUAGAGCAUGUGCGGGAGAUGCAGGAGAAGCUAGCCAGACUGCACUUCAGCCUCGACAGUCACGUGGAGGAGCUGUCUGAAGACCAGAGGAAGUCUGUCUCCGAUCACAACUUAGAACACCUGCUGUCCAAUCUGGAAGAGCUCAGCAACUCCAUAAGUUACACUUGGCUGAGAACCAGGACCUGCCCAAGACCUCCAACCCAUGAGGAAGCAUACAGCUGAUGGGAAGGCGCAGUCCCACAAGGAAGACUGUUGGCUAUAGACAGUCAUGUGACUGUCCAAGUGAUGAAGUGACUGCAGCUGUGAUUGGCUGCUUUGGGAAUGCAGCCAGACACAGGACCAAGCACACAUCCUCAUGCGAUGAGCUCCUUUUCUCUCCAAGUAUAGAAUUCUGUGUUGUGUAAGUACACAGCUCUGACCUUUACUGUAACAUGGUUAAAUGUGGAAGUACUUGUAGAAAACUGGGAAAGUCUUCAGCCAGGCGGACUGUACAGCCCAGUGCAGAGAGGAACCCAGGCAUCCAUUAGCAUUGCAGGUGGGGGCCCUGUCCACUAGCAUUGCAGGUGGGGGCGCUGUCCACUAGCAUUGCAGGUGGGGGCCCUGUCCAUUAGCAUUGCGGGUGCGGGCCCUGUCCAUUAGCAUUGCAGCAGCACAGCAGGAUGGGUGUCAGUGGGCUCCACACAACAGGGCCUGUCAGGAGUCCAGCAUCUGCUAUACUCCAAAAGCAACGCAGUGGCCGGUGCUCUGAGGCUUCGUUGGCUGGGGGGUGUUGUCAUUUCUUUUUCUGCCUCACCUUCUUUUCCCAUCUUCCGUCCCUUACUUUGUAUCUGCUCCAUCCUUCUCUCUUUCCUUCCAUCCCACCAUUUCUUUGUGGGGCUGCACAUACCUUAAGUGGGAUCAGCUUUCAGUGCGUGAGCACACAUAUUGCCAUGAUGCUGCUAAUGUGCCCUAGAUCUUUUCUGAGAAACUCUCAUGAGAUCACUUGAGCGUCUUGAAACGGAAGAGGCUUCUCACACCGGGUCUGCCAGGGCUGCAUUAACCACCGAAGCCCCCUUGGUUUUUAUUGACAGGAAAUAGAAAAGCCGCUUCUGAUCAGGUUCAUCAUCCAGUAGCACAGUAACACAUGUUGCAUCCAUCAAAUGCUGUUAUUAUGCGUUUAGCUGCAUCUCAGAGUUCUGCCGCGCAGUGCAGCUCAGCAUCUCUGCUGACGGGAUUCCGGUUACAUUCCUUCCUGGAGGUGAAGUGCCGUUCCUGGGACUUGGGCCUGCUAUCUCGUUACCCUGAUUUCUCAGCAGUGCUAAUGCUGGAAACGAAGCAUAUUAUUAACAAGCUAUUUCAAGGAACAAACGACAAACCUCCAGCAACAGCGAGAAAACUAAGUCUUCAGUAAUUCCCUUCUGUUCUGACACCUUUUCACAGCAGUGUUCCUACUUUGAGAUAGU